AUGAAUCUGUUCCCUAUUGAAGAUUCUUUGGCUGCUCAAGACGUUAAACCAAGAGUGAUGUGUUUCCUCUGGAAUCAAGCUUUUCUUCUUCCUCUUUCUCUGGAGCCAAGGAAGAAGUCGAGAAAAUCAAACAGACCAAGUAUAUCUGUGAAGGUGGAGUCUCAGUCUUCUUCUCCCUUGACCAUAUUCUACGAUGGUCAAGUUAUGGUUUUUGAUGAUUUUCCUGCUGACAAAGCCAAACAAGUCAUUGACUUGCCUCAAAAAGGAAGUGCUAAAGCUUCACAUCUGAAUUGA